UGUGACACUAUGAGCGAAUCAGCAAGAAAUCUAGUGUCAGCAAUUUUGAGCAAUGAAGAGAUUAUUAACACACUGGCGAAUGCAUGUACGGGCCAAAACACUGGUAACGGUAAUCGUAUCCAGUACCGUUCUCCCGAUGAAGAAGUUUAUUCACUUUUUCAUCGUGGAAGACCGAAUGUAGGGAACCUCGCUGGCCAGGCAGGUCCCCAUCAUCAGGCUAACGUCAACACGCCUUCAACGUCAACCUUCAACCAGGUGGCCCCCACUACAGCACCGACUUAUAAUUUUCGCCCCUCAACGCGAUCGGGCAGAGGACACAGAAGGUUUCAGGCACAAUUGAGCUGUCCUGUGGCUCAGUCUUUUACCAAAGAAGUAAUUCUCCUGCCAGACCAUAAAUCAACAAAUGUACCAAGGCGUGCCAGCAAAGCUUGGCUUUUUGAAAAGGGACAUAUUAAAUCUGCCCUGGAAUUUCGCUGUGACUGGGAUUCCGGAAGAGUGUUGCAGGCAAUAACGGUGGCCUUCCAGCCAAUUCUGGAGGGCUGCAGGUUGCAAAUCUUGAUGCCUUGUCACAACAAACUAGUCGAGCCAUCCCUAACCUCCAAUCAAAAGUUGAUCAUUGGUAGUGUAGGUGACAUUUCCAAAGAAGUUGUCUCAGCUAUCUCCACUGUUGAGGCCCAGUCCCUCUUCAGAAAUAACCCUUCCAUCUCCAGUGGUGAUCAAGUUAUCUGGUGUGUUGCUACCGAAGAUAUUUGUACCGAUGCACCUUCCGUCUCAGCUGACACCGCCACCAUGUCCACUAGUCCUCCUGUCAUCGCUAUUGAUGAUACCCUCAUCCUGUCCAGUGGAACCUCUGCAGUCUCCAGUGGCAACACCUCUGGUGUGUCCCAUGGUCCCCAACCAUCUGGCAACAUUUCAUCCAGCACAUCCUACAGGUUAAUAUUUUGA